GGGCCGGCGGCUUCAAUGUCCUUACCCCGGUGUGCCCUGUUGUGGGCUCGGCUCCCCGCGGGGCGCCAGGCUGGUCGCCGGGCAGCUGUCUGCUCUGCCCUCCGCGCACCCGUUGGGCCCUUUCCUGGGGCCCUGGGGCGCGUGGCCGCCGCCUCCUCUGCCUCCGGUGGCUCCAAAGCCCCCAACACGUCCCUGUUUGUGCCGCUCACUGUGAAGCCUCAGGGCCCCAGCGCCGAGGGCGACGUCGGGGCCGAGCUCACCCGGCCGCUCGACAAGAAUGAAGUAAAAAAGAUUCUAGACAAGUUUUACAAGAGGAAAGAAAUUCAGAAGCUGGCUGCUGAUUAUGGGCUUGAUGCUCGUCUCUUCCACCAAGCUUUCAUCAGCUUUCGAAAUUACAUCAUGCAGUCUCAUUCCCUGGAUGUGGACGUUCACAUUGUUUUGAACGAUAUUUGUUUCAGUGCCGCGCAUGUGGAUGACUUGUUUCCGUUUUUCAUGAGACAUGCAAAACAGAUAUUUCCGGUGUUGGACUGCAAGGAUGAUCUACGGAAAAUCAGUGACUUAAGAAUACCACCAAACUGGUACCCAGAAGCCAGAGCCAGACGGCGGAAAAUAAUCUUCCAUUCUGGCCCCACAAACAGUGGAAAGACUUAUCAUGCAAUCCAGAAAUACUUGUCAGCAGCAUCCGGAGCGUAUUGUGGUCCUUUAAAAUUGUUGGCACAUGAAAUCUUCGAAAAGAGUAAUACUGCUGGUGUGCCCUGCGACUUGGUGACAGGUGAAGAGCGGGUGACCGUGAAGCCAGACGGGAAGCAAGCUGCCCAUGUCGCCUGUACUGUUGAAAUGUGCAGUGUCAUAACUCCUUAUGAAGUGGCUGUGAUUGAUGAAAUUCAAAUGAUUAAAGAUCCAGCGAGAGGAUGGGCCUGGACCAGAGCACUUCUAGGACUCUGUGCCGAAGAGCUCCAUUUGUGUGGGGAAUCUGCUGCUAUUGACCUGGUGACUGAGCUCCUGUACACAACUGGAGAGGAAGUGGAGGUUCGAAGCUACAACAGGCUGACCCCCAUCUCUGUGCUGGAUCACGCACUAGAGUCUUUAGAUAACCUUCGACCAGGGGACUGCAUUGUCUGUUUCAGUAAGAACGAUAUUUACUCUGUGAGUCGACAGAUUGAGAUUCGAGGAUUGGAAUCCGCUGUUAUAUAUGGCAGUCUCCCACCUGGGACCAAGCUGGCUCAGGCAAAAAAAUUUAACGAUCCCAAUGAUCCCUGCAAAAUCCUGGUAGCUACAGAUGCAAUUGGCAUGGGACUUAAUUUGAGCAUAAGAAGAAUUAUCUUUUACUCCCUCCUGAAGCCGAGUAUUAAUGAAAAGGGAGAGAAAGAAAUCGAGCCGAUCACUACCUCUCAGGCCUUGCAGAUUGCUGGCAGAGCUGGACGAUUCAGCUCGAGAUUUAAAGAAGGAGAGGUCACAACAAUGAACCGUGAAGAUCUGAAUUUGUUAAAGGAGAUCUUGAACAGGCCUGUGGAACCUAUAAGGGCAGCUGGUCUUCAUCCAACCGCUGAACAGAUUGAAAUGUUUGCCUACCACCUCCCUGAUACCACCCUGUCUAAUCUCAUUGAUAUUUUUGUAGACUUUUCACAAGUUGAUGGGCAGUAUUUUGUCUGCAAUAUGGAUGAUUUUAAAUUUUCUGCAGAACUGAUCCAGCAUAUUCCAUUAAGUCUGCGAGUGAGGUAUGUUUUCUGCACAGCCCCAAUCAACAAGAAGCAGCCUUUUGUUUGCUCUUCAUUGUUACAGUUUGCCAGGCAGUUUAGCAGGAAUGAGCCGCUGACCUUUGCGUGGUUACGCCGGUACAUUAAGUGGCCAUUGCUCCCGCCUAAGAACAUUAAAGACCUCAUGGAUCUUGAAGCUAUCCACGAUGUGCUGGAUCUCUACCUGUGGCUAAGCUACCGAUUCAUGGAUAUGUUUCCAGAUGCCAGUCUUAUUAGAGAUCUCCAGAAAGAACUGGAUGGCAUUAUCCAAGAGGGAGUACACAACAUCACUAAGUUGAUUAAGAUUUCCGAGACACACAAGCUGUUGCAUUUGGAGAGCUUGCCAGCAGGGAGCCAGUCCCGCCUGUCGGGAACCUUGAAGAGCCAAGCCAGAAGGACACGUGGCACCAAAACUCUAGGGAAUAAAGCUGCUGAGCCACCCAGCCUCGAGGCAGGACAGAAAUCUCUUGCUUCCCGACUGGUGCAGCAGGGGCUCCUCACUCCUGACCUGCUGAGACAGCUGGAGAGAGAGUGGCUGACACAGCAAAGUGAGCAUGGCGAGCAGAGAACGGACUCGGGGGCUUCCGCCAAAGCGACGAGGAGGAAGAAGAAGGAGCCGGGCUCAGAGUAGUCUUUGUUUCGGUUUGUUUUUUAAUGUUGGAAAUAAAAUCCUAUUUAAAAUUUUC